CCUCAGCUGUUAAAAACAGACUGAGAUGUGGCUUUGCGUGCAGUGUGACGUUGGUGCUCAGGAGAGGAUCCUGGAAAAGCUGGUGUAAAGAUGCAACUGUCAUCUGGGCAGGUGUGAGUGACUACUUCUAGAAGACUGUCUGAAAAGGCGUUUGCAUAAAAGUUGAGCUACUUCCUGGUCUAUUUAGUGGACAUGAAAAUGUCAGAUGAGGCCUUCAUCACCCUGGCCACCACCAACUCCUACUGCAAGGGAGCCACAGUGGUGGCAAGCAGUUUGAGGCGGCAUGGGACAACUCGCAAGAUCAUUGCCAUGGUCACACCAAACAUCUCAGAAAAGUCAAGACUUGGCCUUGAGAGUGUGUUUGAUGAGGUCCUCCUGGUGGAUGUGAUGGACAGUGAGGACCGCCUCCACCUUUCAAUGCUGGGACGUCCUGAGCUCGGUAUCACCUUUACUAAGAUCCAUUGCUGGACUUUGACACAGUACAGCAAGUGUGUCUUUCUGGAUGCUGAUACGAUGGUUUUGAGUAACGUGGACGAGCUGUUUGAGAGAGAGGAGCUGUCUGCGGCUCCUGAUCCUGGCUGGCCCGACUGUUUCAACUCGGGCGUGUUUGUCUUCAGACCGUCUCUCCACACCCACGCCAGGCUCCUGGAUCAUGCCCUGCAGCACGGGAGCUACGAUGGAGGGGACCAGGGUCUGUUGAACUCUUUUUUCAGUAGCUGGCCGCUGGCAGACAUCACUAAGCACCUGCCGUUUGUCUACAACCUCAGUGCCAGCUCCAUCUACAGUUACCUCCCUGCUUUCCAACAGUUUGGCCACAAUGCAAAGAUUGUUCAUUUCCUUGGAGGAACUAAACCCUGGAGCUCCCGUCCGAGGGAUGUCAACAACUCAAACACCAUGGGACGGUUUAUGUCACUGUGGUGGAAGGAAUACCAGAGUCAAACAAAACCAACUCCACCAGGGAACCAGCACGCUCAAGACUGGGAUAAACCACAGCAGAUCCAAGAACAAGACGCCAAGAUGCCAUUUAGAGACAACGUGGACAGGUCCAAUUCCCUGCUCACACAUCUUCUACCUCCAACUGAGGAGCCUCAUCCACCGUUUGAGCCAAAGAUGGGUUCCGGCACAGACAACACACGUUUUGAAGAAGACACAAGCGCACGUGAGGAUGCUCAGAUCCAGGACUCGCCUCCGGGUGCAGAGGAUUUGGCGAUUAACAAAACUGCUACGGAUCCUAAGGAAGCAGACAGAGAGCAAGAGGAGCUGGAACGCCGCACGCUGUGGGAGAAUGGAAAGGCCGACUAUCUGGGCAAAGACGCUUUCCAAAACAUCCAGAAGAUGCUGGAUUGUUUCCUGGAUUAGAAACCCACACAUGAAGAAAACCUCUGUGACUACCAGUGUACUAUUCCUGUCUUUCUUCUCGAGGACUGGGAUUGAUAGAAUUGUCGACAUAAAACCAAUGCUAUCAAGUAAAUUGAAUUAUGACACAACCAUAACAUUAAAAUCUUCUUUUAAACAUGAUGAUAUCAAUAAACUAACAGACCCUUGUCCCCAA